AUGAAUGGUGAUAUCAAUGGACCGCAUGGAGAUAUCAACCUGCAGGAGAUCUCAUCAGCCCAGCCAGAAGCAGCAGACAGGUGCUGCAGAUGGACUGCUGUGGGUCUGGGAAUGCUGUGUGCUGUGCUGUUUGUGCUGUUCAUACGACUGGUUACCAGUGUUCUGACCGAGAGAGACCAACUGCUAACUGAGAGAGAGCAGCUGCUGUCCAAUCAUAGCAAGCUGUGUAAUGAGAGAGAGCAGAUGCUGGCCAAUCACAGCCAGCUAUUAAAUGAGAGAGAGCAGCUGCUGGCCAAUCACAGCAAGUUGCUCAAGGAAAGAGAUCAACUGUUGAUCGACAACAACAACCUGCUAAUGUACAACCAACAACAGCUAAAAUCAAGACCAUGGUCUGACAGCAGGAGAUACUGCCAGUCUCUUGGGGGAGACCUGGCGCUCAUCAAGACACCAGAGCAACAGCGGUUCAUAACUAACAAGAAGUUUGAUGGCUGGAUUGGACUGAAGAGGGGGCAGGAUGGCAGCUGGACAUGGACUGAUGACACACCACUUUCCACAGGGUAG